GGACGCUCGCUGCGGGGCGAGUUUGUGCACGACGACGUGUGGGCGAUCGUGAACAACCCCGACGUGCGGCCGGGGGCCCCGCUGCGCUGGGCCGUUUUCGCCAACGACUUCUGGGGCAAGGGCCUGGCGGACAGCACCAGCCACAAGUCCUAUCGGCCGCUGUGCGUGCUGUCCUUCAGGCUAAACAUAUUUCUGACUGGCAUGGACCCUUUCUACUUCCAUGCGGUGAACGUCAUUCUACACUGCCUGGUGACCCUUGUGCUGAUGUACACCUGCGAUAAGACUGUCUUCAAGAACCGCAGGCUGGCUUUCGUCACCGCCCUGCUCUUCGCGGUGCACCCUGUCCACACGGAGGCGGUGGCUGGCAUCGUGGGCAGAGCUGACGUGUUAGCAUGUCUGCUGUUCCUGCUGGCUUUUCUUUCCUACCAUAGAAGUCUGGAUCAGGGCUGUGCAGAGCAGAGCUUCCCCCCGACGGCUUCUCCCUUCUUCCUGCUGCUCAGUUUGUUCCUGGGGACCUGUGCCAUGCUGGUGAAGGAGACCGGCGUGACUGUGUUUGGCGUGUGCUUGGUUUACGACCUCUUCUCCCCGUCCCACAAGCAGGAUAAGUUGAGCAAUGGGGUGAUCUGUCAGCACAGCCCACAGCAGCCAGGGAGCGCCCAGCCCUCCUCUCAGCAUGCCCACCCGCACCGUGAGAGAGGAAAGCAGCGCGUCCCACACAGAGACGCUUGGGGAGGCUGCCAUUCACCACUGCCACCAGAGCCCAAGAGCAGCGGGUUCUCUGUGUCCCCAGGAGCAGUGUGGUCCCUGAUGAGGUGUCUGACAGGAAGCGGCAACGGAAAUUUCCUGCUUACCCUGAGACCGUUUUUAAAACGGGCCAUUUUGGUCAUCAGUUAUGUGACUGUCAUUUUGUAUUUCCGCCUGUGGAUAAUGGGAGGGACUAUGCCCCUCUUCUCCGAGCAGGACAACCCAGCUUCGUUUUCACCUUACCUCCUUACAAGGUUCCUUACCUAUUCCUACCUCCUGGCCUUCAAUGUGUGGCUUCUGCUGGCACCCAUCACCCUGUGCUACGACUGGCAAGUGGGCAGUAUCCCUCUGGUGGAGACCAUAUGGGAUGUGAGGAACCUUGCUACCAUCCUGCUGGCAGUGGUGAUGGCCUUACUGAGCCUGCACUGCAUGGCAGCCUUCAAGAGGCUGGAGCACAAGGAAGUGUUGGCCGGCCUGCUGUUCCUCGUGUUCCCGUUCAUUCCAGCCAGCAACCUCUUCUUCAGGGUGGGCUUUGUGGUGGCCGAGAGAGUCCUGUACAUGCCUAGCAUGGGCUACUGCAUUCUCUUCGUGCAUGGACUGAACAAGCUGUGUGCUGGGCUGAGCCGGUGUGGGGCCACCUCCCUGAUGGCGUCUACUGUGUUGCUGCUACUGCUUUUUUCCUGGAAAACCGUGAAACAGAAUGAAAUUUGGUUGUCGAGAGAGUCCUUGUUCAGGUCUGGAGUUCAGACUCUGCCCCACAACGCGAAGGUUCAUUACAACUACGCCAACUUCCUAAAAGACCAAGGUCGGAACAAGGAAGCCAUCUACCACUAUAGAACCGCCCUCAAGCUGUACCCACGCCACGCAAGUGCGCUGAACAACCUUGGGACACUGACAAAGGACACGGCCGAAGCGAAGCUGUACUACCAGAGGGCGCUGCAGCUGCACCCACAGCACAACCGCGCCCUUUUCAACCUGGGCAAUCUCCUGAAGUCCCAGGAGAAGACAGAAGAAGCCAUCCUGCUGCUGAAGGAGUCCAUCAAGUAUGGUCCGGAUUUCGCCGAUGCCUACUCCAGCCUGGCUUCCCUCCUGGCUGAGCAGGCAAGGUUUAAGGAAGCAGAGGACAUCUACCAGGCUGGAAUAAAGAACUGCCCGGACAGCUCAGAUCUGCACAACAACUACGCGGUUUUCUUAGUUGACUCUGGCUCUCCAGAGAAGGCCGUGGCUCACUACCAGCAGGCCAUCCAGCUCAACCCAAGCCAUCAUGUGGCCGUGGUGAACCUGGGCCGACUCUACAGGUCCUUGGGUGAGAACAGCAUGGCUGAAGAGUGGUACAAACGCGCCCUGCAGGUGGCCCACACGGCUGAGGUCCUGUCCCCUUUGGGAGCACUCUAUUACAACACGGGCCGACACAAGGAGGCAUUGGAAGUGUACCGGGAAGCUGUCUCGCUCCAGCCUUCCCAGAGGGAUCUCCGCCUGGCCCUGGCACAGGUUUUAGCUGUGAUGGGUCAGACCCUGGAAGCUGAAAGGAUGACCAGUCGCAUAGUGUCGGAGGAACCCAGAUGCCUGGAAUGCUACCGCCUGCUGUCGGCAAUCUACAGCAAGCAGGAACAGCAUGAGAAGGCACUCGAGGCGAUAGACAGAGCUCUUCAGCUGAAGCCCAGGGACCCAAAAGUCAUAUCUGAACUUUUCUUCACAAAAGGAAACCAGCUGAGAGAGCAGAACCUUCUGGACAGGGCUUUUGAGAGCUAUGAAGCUGCCGUGACCCUGGAUCCUGACCAGGCACAGGCCUGGAUGAACAUGGGCGGCAUCCGGCACAUCCAGGGAAGCUACGUGUCUGCCAGGGCCUAUUAUGAGAGAGCCCUGAAGCUCGUCCCAGACAGCAAGCUGCUGAAGGAAAACCUAGCCAAGCUGGAUCGUCUGGAGAGAAGGUUACAGGAAGUCAGAGAAAGGGACCAGACCUAGCUCCUAGGACACAGUCACGCGGGACUCAGUAGGCUGAAAGAAGACAGAGUGGGCGAGGCCUUGCUCACACACUCCUGGUGGCACAGGGAGACAGCAGCUGGUGGCCCUGCUGCUAGGGUUGUUUCCCUGAAGACAAACAGCAAAGGGGAACCGGCAGUCUGCAGGGAAGGGAAGUAGCUCCUGCGCUUUACAGUCCCCAGGAUGAAGAUAUGGAACGUCAUUCUUACUGUAGCCCAGAAACACAGAGGAGACAGCCUCCUCUGAAGUCAGCCCGUGGGGGAGUCUGCUUGAGGGAGUUCAGUUAAUUCUCAAGAAUCCAGAGUGGGUGACGAGCUUUGGUUGUGUUGUGGAAGGCAGGGGAGCAGAGCAUUGAUCGCUGGGCUUGGGCUAAUGUCCCCCAAGAGUAUCACUAAGGACCUGUGGAGAGUACAUUAAACUCCACUCUGAUAUACAUUUUUCCAGUGCCUAGAACACAGGUGAUCUUCUAGAGUUGUACGUGGAUAUCUUUAUCUCUCCAGGAAGAAUCUCCCUGAGCAGUAAACAAAUUCAAAAACAACAACAAUAACAAAAAAGCUCAGCAUCCUUAAUUUGUUAUGGAAAUAUUUUUAAAUGUUUGAAUUGUAUUCCAGAUUUUACUAGAGUUGUGUGUCCACUCUGAAACUUCUCAGUGCGUACACCAGGAGACUGCUACCCUGAAAUAUACUGCCCAGGUGUGGUGGGGUGGAGGCUGGGGUGUGUUCUAUGUGGAAGUAUUAGAGGGCCAGUUAAAGAAGCGCUCACCUUUAUUCUCUUAAGGUCAAGACGUCAUGAGAUUUGUUAUUUUUGAGAAAUAUAUUUGAGCAUUGAGGAGCCUUUACAGUGCAUUACAGAAUUCCUCACAGACUGAGUUGAGAGAAAAGAGCUCUAUUUAUUGACUUUCAAGGUUUACUGAGAAUUGUGUGCUUAAAAGACAAGUGACCGACAGCAGACUCCACGGAGAAUGCUCUAGAACUCUAGAUUCUCUAGAUUGGGUAAACUCUAGAUUCACAGUUUUUUAAAAAUAUAUUUAUAUUUAAAAAUGAGGAAGGCAAAGUUGAAAUCACGAUUUGACAUUAUUUUUAGUGUUAUUUAUUGUAUAACUUAUAAAAUAUUUAAUAUAUAUAUCCACAUGUGUGGUUUUGUCUCUGUACAUAGUCAUUUUGAUAGCAGCUCUCAAAACCAAUCAUAUAAAAACUGCAUAAUAAGAAAGCUUUAACAGUCGUCCCAAAUUAUACUGGUUGUAUGCCACUUAAUGCUAAUGGAAUCACGGGUCAGCUCCGUGUUUGGGUAGUCAGUGAAGGAGUUGGAGCAUCUGCUUCUAACUGGAUACCUUAUCACUGAAAGCAGAAACCCGAAGGUCAUCCAGGCCCUGCUGCCAAGCCAAUUGUCACACAAACAGGACAGCUGAAAGGCAAAACGUCUCACCUGUACAGCCAGACCAGAGGAACCCAGCAUCAGGAGGCAGUGCUUCUGUGUGUUAUUUUAUUUUAUUUGGUGGGGGGGGGGGGGCAGGUAAGUUGAAAUAAAUGGCUGAAAACUUAUUUGAAAAGGCAUGGUGAAGCGGAGGGGAGGUGCCAACCUUUAAUCCCAGCACUUGGAAAGCAGAGGUAGGCCAAUGAAUCUCAGUGAGCCCAGCCUGGUCCACAGAGUGAGUUCCAGGACAACCAGGACUGUUAUGCAGAGAAACCCUGUCUCAGACCCUCCGCUCUCCAAAAAAGGGGCUGUUUGACCCAGUGCACACGUGCUCUUGGGGCCAGCAUGUGUCCCUGUCACCUGAUGUCUGGAAUCAGCCGCCAGUGUCACAUACCACAGAUUGAUCUGGAAUUUUAUUUUCUUCCAUCUAAGGUCAAAAAUAUGUACUAUAGUGUUUGCUAUAAAAUAAUUCCAAGCCCCUAGUUUAGAAAGCAGGGGUCUUUGUCAACACCUUAGUACCUCUUUUUAGGACAGUAUUUACCAAAAUGGGUGUAUUAAAAACUAACAGGACAAAUGGAGUUUGAUAUAACUUCGCCUUAUGUAAGUGGCUACAAAAGGUUUUGUGUAAAGUUGUUGGAAUAAUUAAAAAGGCAACUGUAACAUAAAUGUUUCUAAGGAGAAAAAGCCACAUGGUGUCUAGGAGGGUGGUGCUACAUGGGGGCCUCUCCCCUUCCUCGUUUGUCUGUCUACUUUGGCAUCUCCCUGAGCAGUAAAAACACACUGCUUAAAAAGUAGAAAAGUCUGCUCGCUGCCAGUGAGAGUUUCCAUGGUGGAUAGUUGCCAGGGAGAAAGUCAAUCGCAGAGUGUUUUCUCAAAGCUGUCGAGUGUAUCUUGUAACACGCUGUUUGGUCCUUGUCACGUGGGGUAAUCCGUGGGAGUCGUCCUUUUUACGGUAGAAACGAAGAGCCUGGCUUUGCUCCGCGAGUGACUGGGGAGCUGUUUCUGAAACCUAGGGGUCGAGCUGGCUUUGCGCGUGCACACAGAUCCUCUGCUGGCGAUUCUGACAUCGUCCUUGUCAUUACUGUUGGUGCUGAGAACUGGACCCAGGACCUUGUACACACCACAAAGCACUUUCCCGCUGAGCUCUAGCCUCCGCUAAAAUUAUUUGGAGGGUUUUUUUGUUGUUGUUGUUGUUGUUUAUAUGUUUUUAAGAAAGGGUCUAGCCUAUGUCUCAGAGUUCUGCGCCAUGCCCUGGGGAGGAAGAAGGAGUUGCUUUGCCUGGGCUGAGCCCCAGCAUGGUGUUCUCAGGGUUCUUUCCUGAGUUACACAUAGAGCCCUUCAUCCCCGGAGACCCUCCCCUACCAUUCCCUGCCAGUCCUGCCUGUCACCUACCUAGACCCAGACUGUCCUUGUCGUGAAGCCCAGUGCAGUUCAUUCUUGUGCCCUUUGACAUAGGAGCUAUAGGAAUGGCUGAUGACUUAUUUUAAAUUUGGGAACUAUUCAGUUAGUAUUUUUCAAAGUGAUCCAGAUGUUUCAGGUUAUUAAUGUCCUUUGGUCAGGUGGUGGAACUCGGGCGAAUGUACCAAAAAUGCAGACACUAUGGGGGAAUAAGUGCUUUUGUGAGGACUGGGGGCCUUGUUUGUUUGUGUGGUUCUGGGGCUAGAACUCCAUCCACGCCAGGCAAGCCCUCCAUCACUGGCCACCAGAGACAUCUCAGUCCUGGACUUGUUUAUUCUGAAGGCUGACACAAAGCAGAGAGGUUUCUGGUGUUCACCAGUAUGCAGGUUCCCUUAUGAAGUCUGCAGCCGAAUUUCACAGGUCUUUUUCAGCUUUCUGCCAAGACCAAAUAAAAAUUCCAAACCACACCGUAGAAGCCGACCUGAGGUGACUGAACUGAGGGAGAGAAAAAGCAAAGGUCGCGUUUCUUGCGAUUGUUAGCAAAUAGGCUGCAUCCUUCUGAUUACAGAUCAGCUGGGCUGGGAGGAGGCCUUCCCUGCUGCACAGGGUCUCUCAACACUGGCUGCCCUUGGAGAACUACGAGCAUUCUUCCAAACUCCCUGAGCCCCAGUGCUCUGCCGAUAGCAAAGUCCUGCAGGGCUGACUGCUUUAAUGAGGCUUACAGCUUCUACCAAGCAGAUGGGGUAAUAUGAAUUUUUUAUUUAUUGCUACUGGACCAAAGUGAGCCAAAGAAUUCUAAAGGAUGGGUCAUCACAUUCCUAGACUGACCGGCAGGUGACUGAGUAGGGUGGCUUUGUGCUUGUGGCAACUGGACUAUAAUUUGUCCUUCUCUUUAGAAAAUGCUUGGGUGUCAAAUGGAGAGACGCCACCCUGCCAUCUGCACACACCAGGCAAGAGCCAAGGAUAGAAAAUAAACAACAACAACAAAACAAACAAACAAACAAAACCCUGAUAUCUUUUUAUUCUUAGAAGGUGCCCAUGGUACAGAGAUUGCCUCUUUCUGCCUGGCACACAGACCCUCGGGCUUUCUUGUUUAGUUCUUGAUUGCACUUACUAAAACCUGUUUUUGAUGAGCUGGGUGUGGUGGCACACGUCUUUAUUCCCAGCAGCACUGGGCUGGCAGAGGCAGAGGCAGAGGCAGGUAGAUCUCAGUGAGUUUGAGGCCUGCCCGGUCUACAAUAGAGCAAGUUCUAGGACAGCCAGAGCUACACAGAGAGACCCUGUUUUGAAAAAACCAACCAAACAAACAAAAAAACCUCCUUUUGACAAGGAAUCGUGGGCAAAAAUGCCUGCUCCUAUCUGUGUGGAUCCACCCAGGGGAAUAAUACACCUUUAGGAGCUAAUUCGCCAAAAGCUGGCAGCUAUGGUAGAGGAGGGUUGUUUUGUCUCCUUUUCCAGUCACACUUGUUGGCAUCACCCGAAUACAGCAAAACCAAGCAUCUAAUGCCAUCCUUGAAAAAGUAUAAAUGCCUGUCACACUUCCUUUCAGACUGCAGCUGUGCAAGCUAAGAUUUUAGAGUACCAGAAACCGAUACCGAAAAUAUUAUAAUUCUUACCGUUAUUCUCGGUUUUCAAUGCAAAGCUUGUUGUAUCGUUCUGAAAACUCUUCUAAUACUUUUGUCUCUGUGAGUUUCUUUGUUCUGAGGGAGGAGAUAAAGUAAUCACGUACAAAACAGGAUGGAUAGAAUAUCUGGAGCCACCAGUUGGUUCAUAUUAAAACAUUUUCAUCACCAGUGCUUUUCCGGGUAAAGCCAUCAGGGCCUAUAACUUUAAAAAAUCAAGACAAAGCAAAACUAGCUCCUCACAAAACACAGUCCUAGUCUGAGGGGAAUACAGGUUGUCAGUCAUUCCUAACUGGAAAUGUCCGCAUGCAGAGGUCCAGGAUGUCUCCUCCUAGUCAGGGGCACAGGAUAAAUAUUGGUAGUGAGCCUGGACGUUCCUACCUGGACGUUCCUACCGUGCAUACCCUUUGGGGAUGAUUUAGCUGCUGGCCCGUCAUGGGGACACACUAGUUCGAGACCGGCGCUUCAGAGUUCUAGUUCUGGCAUCUGUCCAGGGAGUCACCUCACUCGGGCGGCUUAGUCCACAUCUAGGUGGAGUUUGUCCCUCAUGGAACACUGUCCCAUCCAGGGGUUCUCAGAAUACCGUGAGCCUCCAAAAUGCAUUCAGAAGCACUCACAUCUGUGAAGAUAAUGAUCUUAUUCCUGACGAUUCUUACUAACAAACACAACAAAACACAGACCAGCGACCCUGGGAAGACUAGGCUGCCCAAGUGUGCUAACGUGACAAUACUAAGUCUUCCAGGUGUGCUUAAAGUUCGUAAGGUCACCCUGUCACCUUCCUGGGAGAAAAGAUGACACCUUUUCCUGGGGAACUGAGGUGUCUGCAGAAGCCAGGGACAUGUGGAAGUCGCUGUGUUUGCUGUCAGGACUUUGGUCUUUGUUCCUACUGCUCGAUGUUCUGUUUUGGUUGGUUGUAUUAAAUGUAUGCCUGUGUUAUUCUUGCUGCUUAAAACACUUCUCUGUUGAAGUCUGACUGUAUACUUUGCCUAAGUCUUUCAAAAACAAAAUUUAUGUAAAUGUCUAUUUUAUAUAAAACAUGGUAAAGUAAGAA